AUGAGUCCUCGGAUCGUCCAUGCACCCCAAAGCCGUGCAGCUGCUCCGCUGUCAGCCCGACCAUUGGUUGCGUCCCUCCUGGGCUCCGCACAGGACAGCGUGGAGCCCAGCUUGACGCAGAUCGGUAGGACCUCGGCGAGCGACCGGCCAGGCCCAGCCUCCCUCUCGCGGCCCCCAAACUGCGCCCACGGGCCUCACCGAGCUGACAGUCCCGCCGCCCCUGUCCUCGGCCUCCGCCCCGCGCUCCCGCUGGGCCCUCUGGCUGCAGACCGGAAAACUCCGGCCUCGGCCCUCACAGGAUCUGCGACUUCAAAACCAAGGGCGGAGGCCAACUCCCAGCCUCUGUCCACCAGCCCAAAGAGGAAGAGGAACUUGUCAUCAGAUUCUGAGGAUGACCUGGCAGAGCUGCUGGACCCUGAGCCUGAGCCGGUGUGGUCCGUGGAGACACUGUGUGGGCUCAGGAUGACGCUGAGGAGGAGGCGCGCAUCUAUAGUGAGGCCUGAACACCACAAGGUCUUCACCAGGCUGCUGGAGGAUCCUGUGGUGAAAAAAUUCCUGGCCUGGGACAAGACGCUGAGAGUGUCUGAUAAGUACCUCCUGUCUAUGGUCAUAGCUUAUUUCAGCCGAGCCGGGCUCUUCUCCUGGCAGUAUAGGCCAAUCCACUUCUUCCUGGCUCUGUACCUGGCCAAUGACAUGGAGGAGGACAACCAGGCCCCUAAACAAGAUAUUUUUUACUUCCUCUACGGGAAGAGCUAUGCCCAGCGCCCCAUGUUCCACAAACUGCGGUUCCAGUUCAUUCGGUCCAUGGGCUGGAGGAUCUGGGUGUCCCGGGAGGAGUGUGAAGAGAUCCAGGCAUACAAUCCAGAGCUCUGGGUGUGGGUACGAGAUCGCACCAGUCUAUCUUAG